AUGGCGCAGCCGAAUACUCUUGCUGGAUAUAACGGCAAGAAGUUUACUCUAAACACAGGCGCUGCAAUACCAGCUAUUGGACUGGGAACAUUUCAAGACCCGGAUGAGCAGUUCAUGUCCGUGUUGACUGCAUUGAAAACCGGCUAUCGACACAUCGACACCGCACAUAUCUAUGGUACGGAGAAGCAAGUCGGUGAUGGCAUCAGGCAAAGUGGGGUUCCUCGCGAAGAUGUUUUUGUCACGACAAAACUUUGGUGCAAUGCGCACCAUCCUAAAGAUGUUGAACCAGCCCUAGACGCAUCCUUGGCGGAUUUAGGAGUUGAACAUGUGGAUUUAUACCUCAUGCAUUAUCCAUGUGCAUUCAAAAGCGGAGAAGACCUUCUUCCCUUUGAUGUAGAUGGCAAAAUUAUCACAGAGCAGAUUCCAUUUAUCGAUACGUGGAGAGCCAUGGAAAAACUUCUCGUUACGGGGAAAGUAAGAGCUAUUGGCGUGUCAAAUUUCAGCAAGACUGAACUAGAGGUUAUUCUGCGAGAGGGUAGCGUGGUCCCAGCCGUCCAUCAGAUCGAACUGCACCCCUAUCUUCAGCAACCUGAAUUCGUCGCAUGGCAUCAUACUCACGGAAUCCAAAUCGUUCAGUUCAGUCCUUGUGGCAAUCUAAAUAAUUUCUAUCGGAAGGUGUCAUGGGGCAAAGAAGUCUCGCAUAUGAUACGCCUCAUUGACCAUCCAGACCUCGCCAAAGUUGCUAAGAAGCAUAACAAGACGGCUGUUCAGACGGCACUGGCGUGGGCUAUAAGCCAAGGAAGGGCAGUGAUUCCGAAGAGUGUUAUCGAGUGGCAAAUAAAGGAGAAUCUCGGAGCCCAGUUUGACUUGGAUGAGGAGGACCUCGAAGUUAUUGCUACUAUGGACAAGAAGGCGCGCUUUAAUGACCCUAGCACUAACUUUGGGUAUCAGCUGUAUAUUGGUCUAGAUGGUGCGGCGACAUAA